AUGCACCAUAGAAGCAUCGAAGCAGACAUGUCGAUUCCAAAUCCCUAUGGACUAUAUUUCAUAGUGGAGCUCAACUAUAACAAAGUAUUUGUUUGCCAUCCCUUCUCUUAUGCUAAUGGUUUUACAAAGACAAUAGAUAAUAAUGAUUUUUCUAGUUUCUUCUACUCUGAGUUCGUGACCAGGAUUCAAGGUUACAUGCAAGAAGAGUUCAAGAAAGUUUAUUAUUACGAACCGGACGAAACAUUAGUGGAAGGGUUGUGUCUCAUUGCUAAUGAUGUUCACUAUGUAGGUUUCAUAUUUGAUGCUUAUAGAACAGAUGGAAAUCUUUUUGUAUAUAUUGACCAUUCUGGUGUUGUAAUAGAACAAUGGUUUGGUGAUGAACUUAAUGAAAGAGAUGAUCGUGAUUCUUGCAUCAUGGGUGGGGAUAAUGAGGAUGAAUUAGAUAAUUUGAUAGAUACUGGUGUUGAUUCUACUAGUAAAAUUGUUAUUAUAAACAGAACAUUAAAUGAAUACAUUUGGAGUAAACUAAAUGCUACAUAUGAGAAGAAUGAGUUGCACAACACCGAAGGUGAUAAGGGUAAGAGUAAUCCACAUGUUCAAGUACAUGUUAUAUUCAAUGAGUCCUUACAUUGGUAG